GAGACGCGGAGAGUUCCCCCCACAAGCCUUCAAGGUUCACCGUUCUCCAUCUACCAUCAACACCAUCCACAAUACGGGCGCUCCACUCACCGCUACUUCAACUACCCCCAGAGAUACGGCUCGCCAUGGAGAAGCUAGUUGACCAGCUUACCGCCUUUCCCUCGUCGUUGGACCUCACCGACGCUGAGCUCUCGAAACAGGCACAGCUGCUGCUCAUCAACUACCUCUACAAGGUUCCGGCAUCCAGUCUCGCGACCGGUAUUAGCGGAACGAACCUACUAGAUCUUCUAAAUCCCGCAAUAAACAGCUUACCAUAUGUUUUCGUGCUAGCUGCGAAGCUUGAUAUGGGAGGCCGAUCUGCGCUGGAAACAAACUGGGGCUAUAUCGUGGAGUUCCUCGCAGUUCAUGAUGGGAGGCAGAUGAAGCAUACAUCCAGGGAGUUCCGACGAGUGGUGGAGGUGUUUUGCAAAUAUGCGGCGGACAUGGACAGAACCCUAUUAGCCGUCAAGCCGCUGAAGAAAGCCCUCCUCCGAUCGAACCCGUCGCAAUUCUCCUUCAUGCACCCCAUCUUCACCCGUCUUUGCUUGCAGGCCAAGUGCUACAGAGAUGCUAUUCCCGUCCUAGACAUAGACGUUUUCGAUUUCCCAUCUUCGAAGGGCAGCCGGGACGAUAAUGGAAAAGGUCCCGAAGUGAGCCACAGAGACGUGCUGGAAUACUACUUGUAUGGCGCCAUGCUGUAUAUGGGUGUCAAGAGAUGGAGGAGGGCCAUGGACUAUCUCUGCCAUGCCAUUGCUGCGCCCGGCAAUGCUUGCUCUACUAUCCAGGUGGAAGCUUACAAGAAGUUCAUCUUGGUUGGACUGCUGCUAGAUGGAAAAAUUCCCCUAGCACCUAAGUCAACCACAGGCUCUACAUUUCGCAUCCUCAAGGCCCUAACGAAACCCUACGAAAUUUUUGCCCUCGCCUUCAUAUCUGGGGAAGCCGGCCAGUUCCGCCAGGAGAUUGAAUCGACGGCGGACUACUUCAGCAACGAUGGAAACGCAGGAUUGGCGUCACAGUGCAUAGAAGCGUUCCGGCGGAUGCAGAUCGUCGCACUAAGGGACACCUAUGUCACCCUCGGAGUCUCCGAAAUCGCACAGAAGAAGCUCGACGUGACAGGACGAGGUGGUGAUGUCGGAGGAGACGAGGAGACCGAGCGAAUAAUCCUGGGAAUGAUUGAACGAGACGAGAUCUGUGCCACACUCUUGCAAUCAGGAGCAGAUGCGUCGGCGUCUCAAACUACCGUUCACUUUGACAGCAUCCCCGUCGAAGAAGAUCGCAACCUCGCCGCCCUGGAGGAACAAAUUGCCAGAAUCGUAACUCUCAACAAACAAGUGAAGCAGAUGGACAGAAAGCUUGGUCUCUCCAAGGAGUACAUACAGUUCAUUUCCAAGCAGAACAAAGGUUCUAGUGGUGGUAAUGCCACUCAGAUGUCCAUGGAUUCGGAAAUAAUGGAAAUGGACUAUGUCGCGUCGUGGGGUGACGAGGAUAUGGAGGAGACCAUGCACGACUUUGACGAUAACCUGUAGACAUCAAGUAUGGCGUGGAUAAUUACUGCUUUACAACAAGGAGUUUCUACUUCGGGUUUCUACAAGUUACAUAGUGGUUUUCUUUCCGUUUCUACUCUUUUCUUUUUGCUGCUGGGAAGCUUCAGAGCUUUUGAUGUUUUUUUUUUAACAAUAGCGAGUGACAUUUCAUGAUA